ACUCAAACCACGCCUGAACGCUAAGUGUUUUCUUGUGUCUAAUUAUUUUGUUUCUGAAUGCGGCGGCUUCACUGCGUAAUUCCGGUGCGACAACAGUGUUUUGUGGCAACUUUCGUUUCCCAGUGAGUGAGGACCGUGGACUGGUGAGGGUUAUGGACACAACUGAAUUGGCCCCUGAGGGCCCCUUAGACCUGCCUCUGUCCCUGCUGGAGAUGGGAUGCUCAGGCAGGUUUGAGCUGAUCACACAUCCAAUACCUGACCAGCCUUUGCCUCCACUCAGCACGCUCCCUCAUGGGCUGCCUCCCACCAGCCUGAACCUGGAGGCAGAAGUAGAGAAGCAGUUUUUAAGGGACCCCGCCUGGCUUCCAAUACAUGACACAGACUUUGCCUUCAAGAACUUUCUCAAGGUGACUCGUAGAGAGGUUCAUGUGGACUCUCUGCUCAGAUGCAGUCCGUCUUCUCUUCACUCUGGCCUCUCUGUUGUCAGGGAUCCGACCACAGGAAUGCUGCUGGACUUCACAGAGGUGUUGCUGGAGAACACUAGUCUGUCGUCAAAGAACUCGCUGUCACUACAACGCCAACCUGGACCCCCUUCGGAGAGCCUGCGAGGAAGCAACACCAACUAUCCUUUUCUGCCUGGUGGAAUGGAGGAACUGACUCUGGAACAAAUCAAAAAGAAAUCUGAGCUGGAGGAGGACAUAGACUUUGAGAAGGAUUUACUCAGAGUCCCUCCCGGACUUAAAGCUGGGAUGGACUUCAGUGACAAAGUUGCCAAAGUGGCAAAGCCAGAGGUCAACCUCAUGUCCUUGCUGUCUACAUGUGAUGACAUCAAUUUGCAGCCUGAGUUGGAGGAGAAGGAGGAAGACCACGGGGAUAAAGGAGCUCCCAAACUACCCCGAGCAAAUAGUUUAGAAGACCUCGGUAUCAAGGAUUCCGUGUCACAAUUGAGUCCUUCAGGCAGCGGAAAAGAUGAGAAAUCUAAGACCAACCACGACAUGGAGGAAAAUAAAAAGUGGGCCAUCCCCAUGGACAUAACUUCACCCUGCGAUGAUUUCUACAAGCGUAUCCCACACCCGGCUUUCAAAUGGCCCUUUGAGCCGGACAUUUUCCAGAAGCAGGCCGUGCUGCGGCUGGAAGAUCACAACUCCGUCUUUGUAGCUGCACACACAUCAGCUGGCAAAACAGCGGUGGCCGAAUACGCCAUUGCCCUCUCUCAGAAACACAUGACCAGGACCAUUUACACAUCCCCUAUCAAGGCUCUGUCCAAUCAGAAGUUCAGAGAUUUUAAGAACACAUUUGGGGAUGUUGGACUCCUGACGGGCGAUGUCCAGCUCAGCCCAGAGUCUUCGUGUCUCAUCAUGACGACGGAGAUCCUCAGGUCGAUGCUUUAUAACGGCUCAGAGGUCAUCAGAGACCUGGAGUGGGUGAUUUUCGAUGAGGUUCACUACAUCAAUGACACAGAGAGAGGUGUCGUGUGGGAAGAGGUUUUGAUCAUGCUUCCCGAUCACGUUGGGAUCAUUCUCCUAAGCGCCACAGUGCCGAAUGCACUGGAGUUCAGCGAGUGGAUUGGUCGUAUUAAGAAAAGGAACAUUUACGUGAUCAGCACAGCUAAGAGACCUGUGCCUCUGGAGCAUUAUCUAUAUACUGGAAACAGCACUAAGACUCAGAAAGAGAUGUUCCUGCUGGUGGAUGCUACAGGCAACUUCCUGACUAAAGGGUACUAUGCAGCUGUAGAUGCCAAGAAGGAGCGCACCAGCAAACACGCCCAAACAUUCGGCACCAAAAACACAUCUCAGAACACCACAGCCAGCCAGGAUCGAGCGGUGUGGUUGGCGCUCCUGCACUUUUUGUCCCAGCGGCAGCAGACCCCUGUCGUUGCAUUCACCUUCUCUCGGACACGCUGUGACGAGAACGCUCGCUCGCUGGAGUCCAUGGACUUCACAACCUCGGUAGAGAAAGCCGAGAUCCACUCGUUCUUCCAAAAAAGCAUAAGCCGCCUGAGAGGAGGAGACCGACAGUUACCUCAGAUCCUUCUCAUGAGGAACCUGUUGAAGAGGGGAAUCGCAGUCCAUCAUAGCGGGAUCCUGCCAAUCCUGAAGGAGGUCAUUGAGAUGCUCUUCUCACGAGGUCUGGUAAAGGUGCUGUUUGCCACUGAGACGUUUGCCAUGGGAGUGAACAUGCCAGCCAGGACCGUGGUAUUUGACAGCAUCAGGAAACAUGACGGGAGUGGCUUUAGAAAUCUGCUGCCUGGUGAAUAUAUUCAGAUGGCAGGCAGAGCAGGCAGGAGAGGUCUGGAUCCUACAGGCACAGUCAUCAUUCUGUGUAAAGCCGGUGUGCACGAGAUGGCGGACCUGCACACUAUGAUGCAGGGUAAGCCGACCACCCUGCAGUCUCAGUUUAGACUGACCUACACCAUGAUUCUCAACCUGCUGCGGGUCGAAGCUCUCCGUGUGACCGACAUGAUGAGGAGGAGCUUCUCUGAAAGCCACAGAGAAACACAGGCCCACGAGAAGAGGAUCAACCAGCUCAAGCAGGCACUGUCCUGCCUGCUGCCUCUGGACACGGAAGGCCAGCUGUCUGAUCUGCUGCUGUACUACCACACCAUCACAGAGCUGCGUAUCAUCACCGAGACCCUGCAGUGCGCAGUACUGGAGUCUGUCAGUGGGCUCAAAGCUCUGUCUGUAGGUCGAGUUGUGGUGGUGAACAACAAACAGCAUCUCAACGCUCUCGGAGUUAUCCUACAGGUGUCCAGUGACUCUGUGAACCGCACGUUCACGGCUCUCAUCAUCUGUGAGAAGGGAAAUGAGGAAGGUGACGGAAAAGUCACUGACCACACCGCAUUUCCUCACCUCUAUAAUACGGCUCUCUUUAUACCCGAAGGUCCAUGUAGCCACACAGUACAGAAACUGAAGCUACAUGACAUUUCAGCUAUCACGAUGAAAACCAUCAAAGUGAUUCCUGACAGGAUCAUCGAUAACUACAACAAGAGGCAACAGCCACGAUUCAGGCAUGAUCCUCCUGGCCAGGCCAUCUCUACAGCCACCCAGGAGCUCCUGAGAUUGGCUGAGGCCUGUCCUGGGGGGAUAGCAACCCUUGACCCUGUCAAUGAUCUCCAAUUAAAGAGUGUUGAUGUGGUCGAGAGCUCCAUGAGGCUCCGCGUGCUGCAGGAAAGCCUCAAAGAUUAUAACUGCAUCCACUCACCAAUGUUCUCAGAGCAGUUUGCACGGGUGAAGGAGAGGAUGAGUAUGCAGGAAGAGCUGGACAGGCUGCUGUUCCUUGUGUCGGAUCAGUCUCUGUCUCUGCUGCCUGAAUAUCACCAGAGGAUCAAGGUUCUGCAGUCGCUGCAGUACAUCGAUAGCAGCGGCGCGGUGCAGCUGAAAGGCCGCGUAGCAUGUCAGAUCAGCAGCCACGAACUGCUGCUGACGGAGCUACUGUUUGAGAACGUCUUGAGCCCCCUGGCACCAGAGGAGAGCGCCGCCCUGCUGUCUUGUUUGAUCUUCACACAGAACACACAGGUGGAGCCUCACAUUACCAACACACUGCAGGAGGGCAUCAAUCGGGUGCUGUCAGUGGCACAGCGUAUCGGAGAGCUGCAAAGGGAAUGUGGGAUACCACAGAUGGCCGAGGAGUUUGUGAGCCAGUUCAAAUUUGGUCUGACAGAGGUGGUGUACUGUUGGGCCAGAGGCAUGCCGUUUGCAGAGAUUGCCCAGUUGACUGACGUCCAGGAGGGCACGGUAGUGCGCUGCAUCCAGCGUCUGGACGAGGUGCUGAAGGAGGUGCACCAGGCCGCCCGCAUUGUGGGUGACUCCGUGCUAGGAAGCAAGAUGGAGAAGGCCUCUCUGGCUAUCCGCAGGGACAUCGUCUUCACCGCCUCCCUCUACACCCACUGAGACUGAGAAGGAGGGAGGGUGUGGCGUAGAUACAAAUGAACUUGUGAGCAUGCUGAGGUGUCUGCAGCCAGCGUUGUGUGAAGGAAGCAGUGACGUGUCUUUAUGUGCCUACAAACUGUUUACAUGACAUUACUGCAGUGGAAAUGGAACUGAUCUUU